GUCCUCUUGCUCCUUCCUGCUCAGGGAAUAGGGGCUUCUCUCCCACCUGCUAUAGUGAGUUUGCCUCGGUGAGUCCAGGGACCUUUCCAGGGGAGGAAAUGGACUUAAGCCGGUAUGGGGCCCAGGAGAAAGGAAGUUCUGUCUAGGAUUGAAAAACCGUACAAUGUCUGCGGAGGUGAAGACCCAGCCAGAUGAAGAACCCCUGGCGAGUCCAAAGGCUGAGCCAAAGGCUGAGAAGUCAGAGCACAAGCCAAGAAGCCACGGGGUCGAAGGGCCACCGAAAGAACCUGUGGUCCCAGGGGUCGUGGAUUUCAAGGUGGUCCGAGAGGAAUUGAGGACCGCCAAGCCUGAAACCCCUGGCACCUACCACUUCGGCCGCCUCAGCCACAACUCCUUCUUCUCCCGGCAUCACCCCCACCCCCAUCGUGUGACCCACAUCAAAGAUUUCACCGGGAAACCUGUCUGUGUCGUCAAGGACAAAUUCUCUCUGGCUUCCUUGCCUCAAACUGCACGCCUCUCUCCCUCUCUGAUGGGGAUGCCUACCCUCUUUGUCCCCGUUGGAGACCCACAGUCCAAUCGGGACCCCCGGCUUUCUUCAGAGGCCUGGAAGAAGGAGUUGAAGAACCUGGCCUCCCAGGUGGUCAUCUUCACCAAGGAGAAUGAGCCGAAGAACAAAGAGGAGGAGGUGCCUCAGCGGGAGCAGGGUGCAAAGUACUCUUCAGAGACUGGGAGGCUCAUCCCUGCUUCCUCCCAAGCCCUUAGCAGCCGCCACUCCCGCCAGAGCCGAGGGAGCCACCCUUCAAGCAGAGAUGGCAUCCAGGCCUACGUCCUGCAGGAUCAGGAGCUGCUGAUCUUGGAGCUCCUCUGUCAGAUCCUGCAAACAGAUUCAUUGAGUGCUAUCCAGUUCUGGCUCCUCUACUCUCCUCCCAAGGAGAAAGAGUUGGCUCUGGGGCUCCUGCAGACAGCAGUGGCUCAGCUCCUUCCCCAAGGUCUAGUCUCCAUCCCAACAGAAAAACUUCUAAACCAGCUCCAGGAUGUCCAGGAACCACCUCAAGAGAGGCAGCAGUCAAACUACAGCCAAUCCCCAAAGAAGUCAAAGACACCGCCUCUACCAAAGAGCGAGAAACCAGAGUACAUCGGAAAAGCACAAGUUCUCCGGGUGCAUCCAAGCCAGAGCACAGAAGAGAAAGUGGCAAAGCCAACGGCAGAGUACUGAGGAGCUGGCGCCGCCUUACCCACCCUGCUCAAGAGCCAGCCCUGAGCUCAAGCUUUGCCCACCCUGCUCCAGAGCCAGCCCAGAGUUCAAGCUUGUGCCUGCCUCCUC